AAGGCUCCGCAUUUCUUCACCCCUCCAUGUGCAAAUGCGAUCGCAGAUCUACGACUCUAAAUUCUAUUCAUAACGGCGUGCACAAUACUACAUUCCACAAUAGAAGCUGAGAUGUCCACGAAGAAAGGCGCACUUGCUGACGCGUGGGACGACGACUGGGAAUCACUUGCAGAUAAAGAAGAAGUGCAGCCAGAACCCAUAAAGCCCGUCAAAAUCUCUAAAGCCGAGCGGAGAGCGCAGCAUGCUCAGUUCAACCGCGAACUUUGGGAGUCCGCCGAGAAUCCCGAACCCAUGUUUCUCCAAUCCCGCAACGCGCCUAUACAACCGACCUUCAAGCCCGCCGUCACCGUCCUCGCGCGCAAACCUACACCCCAGGUGCUCUCUCGCAACGCCGGCAUGCAAGGCCUGAGCCUCGAAGAUGACGAUGACGACAGCGAGGAAGAGAGACAAAAGAAAGCAGCAGCCGAUUUCGAGGAGCGAAAGAUUCGCGCAGCGAAAGAACGCGCCGAGAAGGAGCGAAAAUACGCCGAGGCACGAGAGCGCAUCUUCGGCUCGCCCGCCGCGUCAGAAGAGUCACGCAGCAACUCGCCGAGCAAACCUACACGAGGGAAGGGGCGAGGACGUGGUGGAAGAGACAGCCAGCCCAGAUCGAGCAACGAGCAAUCACCUGCACGCGCCACAGCACCUGGUGCGCGGCAACUGUACGAACCUUUGUACGCACCCAAGCCUGGGUCAAUUCAUAUCCAGCGGAAAGAGGAAGGCGGCAGUCGCCCCGGUAGUCGCCCAGCCACACCAAGUCUGCAAGAAAAGCCUGUUCGCGAACCCAGGGGCCCGGCGAGAGGCGGUGGUCGGGGGUUUGCAAGCAGAGGGACUCAUGGCACCGUGGCUGGCCCAUCGUGAUGAUGUCGCACAGGCGUGAAUCAUUAUUAUCAUGUUCACGUUCGGCGUCGCCUGCAGGGCAUUUUUGCACUCAUUGCGGCCACGGGCAUCUGGUGAAUCGUCUGUCGCUCCCGGCAGGACCACGUAGACUCCAGAGACGGAUAUGAAGAGACCAGUGUCUCCCAUACUGCAACUGCAACACCACGCAGUGGAGCCGAUUACACAUCUCGGCACCCGGUACCGACGAGGG